CGGUCAGGUGCAGUUUUGUUUUCAAACCUUUUAAGUAAAUACUUCUUAUUGGUUGAAAAUAAGUAUUAGACAAUUUCAAUCAGAUAUUUUACGGUUAGUUCACAAGGUUUGCUUUGGGCGAUGAAACUGUUUUGGUCUUAAAUCACGUUGUUCACCUCGGUUAUGGAUGUAAUGACGUCAAACAAUUGUAUAUAAAUAUGGGGUCAUAUCAGAAAAGCGCACAGAUCUCCGAACUACCAACGAAAAAGUAAGUUUUAAUACUAUUACUUCUACUAAUACUGCUAAUUAUAAGAACAAUAACACUACUGUAAUGAUAAUAGUAAUACGUAUAAUUAUUAUUAUUUUAUAUUAUUUUCAUUUUUUAAAUUGUUAUUAAAAUAAAUAUAAACUUAGUAUUUGUGAACAACAGUGAAACAAAGCUCACACGUGCGAUAACUAAUUUACAAACAAAAACAGCAGAUAUGUAAUACAUAUUUUGUUUCAUUACAGAUUGUUUGAGCGAAAUUAAACGAAUAGAUAAGGAAAGGUACACCAGCAAAACAGCAACAUGGCCAGACUGUUGUUCAGUGUUUGUGUCGUAUUGGUGGCGAUCACUUUGCUGCAAACGACACAUGCUCGUCGGAAUGGAAACAGAAAGAAUAAUACAGUUGAACAAAAAAGGUUUUCCUUCAAAUCGCGUGGGCAAAAAGAGUUCCGUAACAACAAACUACCUGAAACAUUGGAGUACGCAAUCGACAUCGAAGGUGAAGUAACCGCGCUGGAACUCGUUUUGAACAAAAAAAUGAAUAUACCGGAAAUUGAAAUUGGAAACGAAAGAAGCGGGUUCCGUAAAGCUCAAAGACACCAAACUAAGAAGGUCGGCAUAUACACGGACAAGAACGGGCACGGAUCUUUCGCAUGUGAAGCGAGCAAAGGAAAUAAUUGGAAGUUGAACUGCGAUCUUAGCGGGUUUGUUUACGUCAAUAACGAAGCCUGCUACAUUGGAGGCGGAUCACGUCAGGCCGAGUGCGGAAACGUUUCCACGGAAGGAGAACUGAAAUUCUUCUACCCACCUGAUGUUAAAAGAUCAAAGCGGACCGUUGCAACGCAACAGGCUGCAGAUUUACUGGCUCGAGACCGUCGCUCCAUUCUCCCGUCUCCUGGAUUCAAGGUCGUUGAAGUUGCAUUUGCAUUGGAUGCUGCUUUCAUGAACCAAUUUUACAAUCGCCACCCUGGCAAUACAGCAGCGGCACAAUCAGAAGCUGAAAUAUACAUUGCCCUGUUGGCAAACGAGAUGAACGUUUUCUACGCAUCCGUCAAAGAGGCCUCAGCUGGCGCCCUUGACAUUUACGUUUAUCCUGCGGCUGUCGUCUACCCAACUCACGGGUCUGAUUUCGCCUGGUCCGCAAACCACAAAAGUGGCAAUACUCUUCGUUCGGGUACAGCAUUUGACGAUGAUCUGAGAUCGUUUUUCGAAAGUGGAUUCACAUCAAAGCAACACGAACACGCCAUGGCUCUUACUGGGUUAGAUCUUCUUAUGGAAGAUGGAGACAGCGGGUUGUUAGGAUAUGCCUACGUGGGUACAGUUUGUGUAAACACGAAUUACAAGUACUCCAUCAACGAGUUUACCGACUACAACGUGGCGUGGGUGGCCUCACAUGAGCUUGGACACGCACUGGGAGCUGGGCAUGACGCUUCCGACGCCUGUCCGGCAGGCAGGAACGUAAUGUCCGCCUACCUGUUCUCGCCUGAUGCCAGCACCGCGGACACCUACAGCAAGUUCUCCACCUGCAGCGCAAGCCAGUUUAGGACUCAACUGAACAGUCAACCCGACUGCACCGCUAACAAUGGCUUCACGGACGAGCAGUUCGAAACAUCGUUUUGCAGAGGCCUUCUGGGUCAGCGAAAAGACAGCCUGGACUAUCAGUGUCAGCAGCGAACUGGCUACGCCGGAAGUACUGUGUGCAGAGGGACAAUUAGCAGCGACGAGGGAUGUUACUCCUAUGGUCAAGUGUCGUGUACAGAUGCUAGCGGUUCUUGCAGCGCGGAACUCGGAUUCGUGUGGAAUGGAACCCCUUGUGGUAGUGGACGAAUGUGUUUUAAGGGAAGAUGCGUUGCUAACUUUGAAAUCUGUAACUCUGUUACAACUGUUGCCCCAACAACUGCUGCCCCAACAACUGCUGCCCCAACUGAUGCCCCAACUGAUGCCCCAACUGAUGCUCCAACUGAUGCCCCAACUGAUGCCCCAACUGAUGCUCCAACUGAUGCUCCAACUGAUGCUCCAACUGAUGCUCCAACUGAUGCUCCAACUGAUGCCCCAACUGAUGCCCCAACUGAUGACCCAACUGAUGCCCCAACUGAUGCCCCAACUGAUGCUCCAACUGAUGCUCCAACUGAUGCCCCAACUGAUGCUCCAACUGAUGCUCCAACUGAUGCCCCGACUGAUGCUCCAACAACUGAUGCUCCAACAACUGAUGCUCCAACAACUGAUGCUCCAACUGAUGCCCCAACUGAUGCACCAACUGAUGCUCCAACUGAUGCUCCAACUGAUGCCCCAACAACUGAUGCUCCAACAACAGAUGCUCCAACAACUACUGCCCCGACAACUUCGUCUCCGUGUAACUGCUGUCGUAAAAGGGGCAGAAGAUAUUCGAUCAGAUGUUGCUUUAAAAACUACCGUCGAUUCGGCCGGUUGUGCAAGUGCUGUCCAAACCGCAAUGGUUUUGAAGAAAGCCCCUUUUCUAAGUUCAAUGGGGAUUCCAGCAGUCAAGAUGAUGAUGAGCAAAUCUACCCAUGAAACAACGACCCAUAGAUUUGCAGGACUUGAGAUUUGGACUAUUUGUUUACGUUGUAAUACGAUUUCGUAAAGUAAACCAAUCAAUUACAUCCGUAGAAUGAAUAAUAGGAAUUGCAAAAGAAAUAAAAACAAUUGAAGUAAA